AUAGUGCAACGCGGAAGUGACCACCAUGAGAACCCUGAUGAUGUCGUACACAUGGGUUUAGGACAGUCCAAGUAUCCCUUGACAAAUGUGCAACGCGGAAGUUAACAUCAAAACAGUUCAGAUGAUGUCGUUCACAUGGCUACUGUGUUUUGGAGUCAUCGUUCUCAAGACUGAGGGUUUGGAAAAUCUUGCCCACUUACCGUCAUACAAGGGCACCCCAUCACAAAGCUCAACAUAUGCUGAUGAACCCUGGACUGCAGAUAAAGCGGUGGACAACCGUCUGGAGUUUAACAAAGAUGAAAGUACGUGUAGUUUGACACAGAAUUAUAAGUCUCAGGAAGCAUGGUGGAAAUUACCUUUACUGAUCGAUUCCAACGUGGCGUACUUGGAGAUUCAGUUUAGACAAGGAAGUGUUCACAGUCAAACCGGGUUUUCUGUGUAUGUAUUCAAUGACACGUCGUACACUCCACCUUCUAUUGAUGGACUUCUAUUUUCACACGAUCCAGCGACAUGUCCUAAUCAGCUGAUGAAUGUUACCGUCAAUAGAGUAACAAGAGGCAUAGCUCUAUACAACUCUAGAAAAUCCCCUCUACAGACCAGCUGUACGAAUUAUAACAGAGAGCAUGCGACCAUUGAAAUUUGUGAAGUCCGUGUUAUGGGAUGUCAAGCUAAACACUACGGACCAAACUGCACCUUCUGUGAUCGGAAAUGUUUAGAUAACCAAUGUGACGCUUUUGAUGGUUCAUGCAUUUAUGGUUGUAUAAAUCCGACCAUGAAACCACCACAUUGCAACGUUCCAGAAUGCCUAGAUGGUUAUUUCGGCACACCGUGUAGGAAAUGUGGUAACUGCUUAAACCAAGCACAAUGUGACAAGAACACUGGGGAAUGUCAGAGAUGUAAACAACACUGGGAAUUACCACACUGUUCUGUGUGUAAAGAUGGGUUUUACGGUCUGGUUUGUGCUGAAACAUGCGGACACUGUAAGACGGGAACAUUCUGUAACAGUAUGACAGGGGAAUGUCUAAAUGGAUGCCAGGAUCACUGGAACGGAUCUAAAUGCGACGUGUGUGAAGACGGAUUCUACGACUUGAAUUGUUCCCAAUCAUGCGGACAUUGUAAGGCAGGAACGAUAUGUGAUAAAGUGAAAGGGGAGUGCCCAAGAGGAUGUCAAGGUCACUGGAGUAGACCUAAAUGUGACGUGUGUAAAGGCGGGUUCUACGAGUGGAAUUGUUCCAAACCAUGUGGGCACUGUAAGACGGGGACAUUCUGUAACAGUAUGACAGGGGCGUGUCCAAACGGAUGUCAAGAUCACUGGAGCGGAUCUAAAUGUAACGUGAAAACGUAA